CUUUCGAGUCCUUGCAGCGGGUCGGGGAUCGAAGGAUUGGGCCAAUAGCGGCUGAAACGUCUUUGGAAGGAGGAAGGGGGUGAGGGGGCAUCCCUCUGAGUUCCGCCUCUCCUUUUUCGAGGCGGUCGUGGGGAAGGGGGACGUACGAAAUAUUGCCCUCGAAAGCCAAGGAUCACACCUCUCCGUGCAAACUGCCGGGAGGGCGGCGGGAAAAGGGCAAGACGGGAGUGGGGAAAGGGAAGGAUCCAGGAAGCCGCGCGGGAGGGCGCGCGCGCGCGCCCCUUUUUCAGCAGUGUGGCGGGGUCGCACGCACGCCCGCCUCGGCGGCUGGGCGCGGUUUGCGACAGUGGGGGGAGUGGUGGAGGUGGCGGCGGCAGUGGCAACUUUGCGGCAAGCUCCGGACGGGCUUGCUUGACGGCGGUGUGGCGGAGGCCCCGCCCUAGGCGGCAGGAACCUGGAGGGAGGCGGAGGAAUAUGUCCGAGAGGGAAGUGUCUACAGCGCCGGCGGGAACAGAUAUGCCUGCGGCCAAGAAGCAGAAGCUGAGCAGCGACGAGAACAGCAACCCGGACCUCUCUGGAGACGAGAAUGAUGAUGCUGUCAGUAUAGAAAGUGGUACAAACACUGAACGCCCUGAUACACCUACAAAUACGCCAAACGCUCCUGGAAGGAAAAGUUGGGGAAAGGGAAAAUGGAAGUCAAAGAAAUGCAAAUAUUCUUUCAAAUGUGUAAAUAGUCUCAAGGAAGAUCAUAAUCAGCCAUUGUUUGGAGUUCAGUUUAACUGGCACAGUAAAGAAGGAGAUCCAUUAGUGUUUGCAACUGUAGGAAGCAACAGAGUUACCUUAUAUGAAUGUCACUCACAAGGAGAAAUCCGGUUGUUGCAAUCUUAUGUGGAUGCUGAUGCUGAUGAGAACUUUUACACUUGUGCAUGGACAUAUGAUAGCAAUACAAGCCAUCCUCUGCUGGCUGUAGCUGGAUCUAGAGGCAUAAUUAGGAUAAUUAAUCCCAUAACAAUGCAGUGCAUAAAGCACUAUGUUGGCCAUGGAAAUGCUAUCAAUGAGCUGAAAUUCCAUCCAAGAGAUCCAAAUCUUCUCCUGUCAGUAAGUAAAGAUCAUGCUUUACGAUUAUGGAAUAUCCAAACGGACACUCUGGUGGCAAUAUUUGGAGGUGUAGAAGGGCACAGAGAUGAAGUUCUAAGUGCUGAUUAUGAUCUUUUGGGUGAAAAAAUAAUGUCCUGUGGUAUGGAUCACUCUCUUAAACUUUGGAGGAUCAAUUCAAAGAGAAUGAUGAAUGCAAUUAAGGAAUCUUAUGAUUAUAACCCAAAUAAAACUAACAGGCCAUUUAUUUCUCAGAAAAUUCAUUUUCCUGACUUUUCUACCAGAGACAUACAUAGAAAUUAUGUCGAUUGUGUGCGAUGGUUAGGUGAUUUGAUACUUUCCAAGUCUUGUGAAAAUGCCAUUGUAUGCUGGAAACCUGGCAAAAUGGAAGAUGAUAUAGAUAAAAUUAAACCCAGUGAGUCUAAUGUGACUAUUCUUGGGCGAUUUGAUUACAGCCAGUGUGACAUUUGGUACAUGAGGUUUUCUAUGGAUUUCUGGCAAAAGAUGCUUGCAUUGGGCAAUCAGGUUGGCAAACUUUAUGUUUGGGAUUUAGAAGUAGAAGAUCCUCAUAAAGCCAAAUGCACAACACUGACUCAUCAUAAAUGUGGUGCUGCUAUUCGACAAACCAGUUUUAGCAGGGAUAGCAGCAUUCUUAUAGCUGUUUGUGAUGAUGCCAGUAUUUGGCGCUGGGAUCGACUUCGAUAAAAUACUUCUUCUCAAUCAAAAUUAGAGUGUGUUUUCUGUGUACAGUAGAACUAACGUAUCUUGCUAGUAAGGGCACAUAGAGCAUUUAGAGUUGUCUUUCAGCAUUCAAUCAAGCUGAGCUGAAUGUAGUGAUGUUUACAUUGUUUACACUCUUUGUACUGUCUCCUGCUCAGACUCUACUGCUUUUAAUAAAAAUUUAUUUUUGUAAA